AUGCUGCAACCGAUUGCUGCCGCGGGGGCGGCUGCCUUGCAGGGCACCGCCACUGGCCCUCGUGCCGCCCUCUUCUUCUCCCUCACCCUGCUGGGCAUCAAAUCGAAGCAGGAUUUCAACGCUGGAAUGAAGGUGUCAUACAAGAACACGCUGAUGCGCAUGGCCCCAGGCUCCACCAUCAUACCUGUGGCCAUUGAACCGGAUGACACGGGGCAGUCGAUCCACACGGUGGCGCUGUUCCCGGGCUCGGUGGCGGCGGGCACGGUGGCGGCGCAGCAGCUGGCGGCCAAGCUACGCGCCGGCGGGCUGAACGCCUACUUUGACCAGCGCAAGUUUAGGCGGGUGCACGCCGAGGUCGUUGCAGAUCCCUACCUGGCUGACAGCACCGGCGACACCAUCCCGUCGCUGCCCGGCAGCCGCCCAGUAGCCAUGAUCACAGUCAAGUGGUACGACCUGGCCCCCGACCAGGUCACAGCCCAGAAGCGGAAGGCGUAUGUGGCGGCUAUCCAGAAGCUGGUGCCGGCCGCGCUGCAAAAGCUCGCCAUGGACACGCUUAUGAGCAACGCCGCCCCCACCGCACUGGCAAAGGCGCUGAACACGAUGAGGACCCGCCCAGCCAGCUUUGGCCAGAUGGCCUCUGAUGACGGCUAUGCGGUCCGCUGGGUCCCAGACAGCAGUUUUGUGUCGCCUUGCGAUGUGCACACGACGCUUACGCUGGCUGGCAUCAAUGUGUAUGCACCCAGCUGCACUCGCCAGUUAGUCACGGCCUACUUAGCCGCAUUGAAAACCAAGCUUCCAAGUGACGUGGUGACCAGUGUGGUCAGCGCCAUGCAUGUCUCCAGCGGCUGCCGGGUGGUGACUUCCAGUGCGUAUCCUGGCAGCCAGCAGGGGGCGGCGAUGGAUCUGGCAGGCCGAAAGGUCCCCUCAAAUUACCCUCUUAAUGGCACAGUCUUUGGUGCCGGCAGCAAGACCCCCGCAUUCUUUGCGGAGGGUGCUGCCGCCACCGGCCAGCAGCGCGGCAUGGUGACUGCAAGGCACCUGCUGCUGGACGCUGCCGCCUAUGAGUAUAAGCUGCAGCCAGUCAACUGUGCGCCGGGGAAGAGCUGUCCAACCCUGACCUUCACCUUUGCCACGGCUGAUGCCUACUUCUCUGGCCUGUCUCCUGGCACAACGUACAAUGUCACCGUGGAGGGCAUCAGCAACACGGGGCAGCGGACAGCAGGGCAGAACACGCUGCAGUUCACCACGCCAGCCAGCGUACACCUGGAGUCGGCACAAGCCACCAGCUCCACCACCGCCACUGCCACUGCCACCACACAGCCGGCAGGAGCCUUCCCUCAGUACAUGUACUCUUUGAGGAAAUUGGGUUGCAUUACAUGCAAGUCCCUCAACUUCCCUAGCAGCACCGCCACGGUCAAUCUACAUGGGCUAGAGCCUGGGGCCACGUACAAUGUCACCGUGGAGGGCAUCAGCAAGACUGGGCAGCGGACCCCAGGGGACAACAUGCUGCAGCUGACCAUGCCUGCGGGGCUUCGUCUCACCCAAGCCAAGGCCACAGGAUACACAACCGGCGCCGCCACCGCCCGCGCCCUGCCCAGCGAUGCCUUCACCAAGUUCGUGUUCACCGUGACAAAAGCCAGGUGCACCGUGCCGCCAUGCCCAACGCUGGCCUUUACAAGCAGGGCACCCAGCAAUCAGCUGACUGGGCUGGAGCCCGGAACCAAGUACAAUGUGACUGUACUGGGCGUGACCAAGACAGGGCAGCGCACCAAAGGGGCCAACAUGAUGCAGCUCACGACAUACAUGUUCACGGUGAAGAAAGCAUUGUGCCCCGGCUGUCCAAAGCUGGAGUUCAAUAGCAGCACACGAAUGGGUACCUUCACAGGCUUGGCGCCCAACACGGCGUACGCUGUGACCGUGGCGGGCGUGGACUGGAGUGGCCGGCGCACGCAGGGCAGCAACAGUCUGCAGUUUAAGACGCCGACCAAGUCUGCCCCACCCCCUCCUCCCACCCCCACCCUGAAACUGACGUCUGCUAGGGCCACCACUCCGACCACCGCCAUUGCUACUGCGUCCCCACAGCCACCUGGCGCCUUUGUGAAGUACAAUGUGACGGUGGCUGGCAUGGACAAGAGCGGGCGCAAGACGCAGGGCAUCAACAUGUUGCAGUUCAAGACGCUGGAUGCCCACCCUCAUCGCCUGGUGUGGCCGUCCCUUGUGCAGUUCAUCUUCACGGUGAAGAAAGCGGCUUGCCCCAGCUGUCCUGCGCUGCACUUCACCAGCAACACCACCCUGGGUGUAUUCUCGGGGCUGACACCCAACACCACGUACCAAGUGACAGUUGUCGGCAUGGACAAGACGGGCCGGAGGACGCCGGGCAGCAAUGCACUGCACUUCAAGACACCGGCAGGCGCAUUCCUUCGUGCGCCACCCUCACCUCCACCUGUGGCCCCCAAGAGCCUGAUGCUGAUUUCUGCUCAUGCCACCUCGCCCACCAGCGGCACAGCCACUGCACAACCACAGCCAGCGGGCGCAUUUGUGAAGUACAUCUUCACGCUGCAAGAAGUGGCAUGCCCCAGCUGCGAACCUCUGGCGUUCAGUAGCACCACCAGUGUGGGCAUAUUCACGGGGUUGAAACCUAACACCAAGGUCAGCAUGUGCAGAGUUACGGCAGUCGAUAGUGGCAGGCAGACUUGA